CAUUUCCACUUUCUCACCUGCUUUGCACCAGGCCCGCGAUUCCUGGCGGCAGAGGCAUAGACUCUUCUUUAUCGAGCCUCUACGGACUCGACCGUUACUCUCCUUCACCGUUUACAACUUCGACUGCUUCUUUCUCUUACGUGGCAGCGGCGGCGCAUAUCAACUAGCCAGCCCCUCUACUGCAGCGGCUCUUUGAAACCCACGCCUUGGCUGCUGUUUUACGUCGAACAUGUCGUCAUCACCGCCAUCACCGCCAGCCGCUGCGACGCCGGACGAACCCCAUAACGAGGGGUCCAAGUUGCGCACUUUCUUAGGUAUCUUGAGAAAAUUCAUCGGGGUCACGGACCUCGCCUCCGUUCGAUUCUCUCUCCCCUCCCAACUCCUGGAGCCGACCCCAAAUCUCGAGUACUGGACCUACCUCGAUGCACCCAACGCUUUCGUCGCCAUCGGCACAUCCGAUGAGCCGCUCGACCGAAUGCUUGAAGUGAUUCGCUUCUGGCUUACAAAGGAUCUCAAAUAUGCAAAGGGAAAGCCUUGCAAGCCGUACAACUCGUGUCUCGGCGAGUUCUUCCGGUGCAACUGGGAGACAGAAGAUAACGCUCCAAGGAUAAAUACUCUCGACCUACAGACCCCCACUGCCCCGGGAUCGAGCUCCAGUUCCAUUAAGGGAGCGGCUGCCAACUUGAAGGCGGCUUCCAGGAGCGAGAACAGCUCCUCCUCCGUGUCCUUGUCGGUCCCUCAACAUGGCACGCCUUCGGAUGAGGCAGGCCCGCUCCUCCGCAUUUCAUACCUCACUGAGCAAACAUCACAUCACCCUCCCGUCAGCGCAUUCCAUGUUACCUGUCCUGAAAAGGGCAUCACUGCUAGAGGCUUCGACCAGAUCACUGCCAAGUUUACCGGCACAUCUGUCAAAGUUCUUCCUGGCGAGCACAACAUGGGCAUCUUCAUCUCCUUGGAGAAGAGAAACAACGAGACUUACCAGUUGACGCAUCCCGCUGCCCAUCUCGGCGGUCUCUUCCGCGGAACGCUGAGCGUAUCUGUGAGCGAGAUGGCAUACAUCACAUGCCCCGAUACCAAGAUCAAGGCCAUUCUCCACUACGUCGAGGAGGGUUGGUUGGGCCGGACGACCAACAAAAUUGAUGGUGUCAUUUUCAAGUAUGACCCCGAGAACGAUGACAAGACCCGAGUCCAGGAUGUUCCGGAUGAGGAUGUCCUGGCUAGGCUGAGCGGUCCCUGGAAGGAGAAGGUUGUCUUUUCACUGGGCCCCAGACCUGUGAAAACUGUUCCCGUUGAAGAACAGCACGUCAUCAUUGACAUCAUCCCACUGAACGUUGCUCCCAAGGUUCUCCCGCCAAAGGAGCAGAUGCUGCCCAAUGAAUCACUCCGCCUGUGGGGAGGCGUCACCGAGGCUAUCCUCGCCAAGCAAUUUUCCAAGGCAACCGAAGUAAAGGUGGCCUUGGAGGAAGCCCAGCGAGAAAAAGCCCGGAAGCGGGAGCAGAACAAGGAGACCUGGCAGCCUGUCUUCUUCGAACACGUCGUCGGCAACGGCGGCAAGCCCGAUCUCACGGAGAAGGGAAAGCAAGUUCUGGAGCGGGCCCAGAAAAGCGAUUGGAGCCUCGACGGCAUUGUAUAGAGCGUAGGGGAAAAAGAGAGAGUGGCCAAAGGUUGGAUAGGGCAAACGCAUUUGGACGGAUGAGGAAUUUGGCUUGAUGACAUAUACAUAUACCACGCGGGUUGAUUGGCCUAUACGCAUAGAUUGUGUUCGCAACACACUACAGAUUUACUUUAUUUUGGCAUAGAGUUUCUUUUUUCUUCUUCUACAUUUUCAUGGACCAUUGGGCUCGCAGCUACAGACCUGUUACUUUCCUAGGUAGUCAACCGCAUAACUGCCCAUUACAUAUAAAUUGAGAUUUUAGUUAUUAU